CUUCACCCCCUCUUCUCUCACUCCACUUCUCACUUUCUCUCUCUAAAACCAUUUCUUUCACUCUCUCACUAAAAAUGGAGCCAUCACUGGACGACAUAACCGACGAUUUGCAAAGCAUAAGUUUCGCAUCCACCGCAACAACCACCAUAACAACCACCACACUCCACCGCAGUACAAGUUCUGGCAGCUCCUCCUCCGCAACACUAACACCAGCACAGUCGACACACACUUCAAAACACCACCCCAACUCACUCUCUCUCUCUGACAUCCGCUUCUCUCUCCGCCUCGGUUCCGGAGAUAUAGGCUCAGUUUACUUAGCGGAGUUGAAAAAAACUGACAGUUCAGCAGACGAUACGGAGAGUCCGAUAUUCGCGGCGAAAAUAAUGGAUAAAAAGGAAUUAGUUAGUAGGAGUAAAGAAGGAAGGGCAAAAACGGAAAAGGAAAUAUUAGAAAUGCUAGAUCAUCCGUUUUUGCCUUGUUUAUACGCUUGUAUUGAGUCACAACGCUGGAUUUGUUUGUUAACGGAGUUCUGUAACGGCGGUGACCUUCAUGUUCUCCGUCAGCGACGGCCGUUUAAACGUUUUGAAGAAUCCGCUGUCAGGUUCUACGCAUCCGAAGUAAUAGUAGCAUUGGAGUAUCUACACAUGAUGGGAAUUGUUUACCGUGACCUAAAACCAGAAAAUGUACUCGUUAGAUCAGACGGUCAUAUAAUGCUCACAGAUUUUGAUCUCUCAUUAAAAUGUGAUAAUUCAGCAUCAACUCCUCAGAUCAUCACUACUCAAAACACACCCAAUUUCGCCCCAAAAAAUGAUUACACCAAUGAUCAUCAGCCACGUUUCACGUCAUCUUCAUGCAUUAUCCCAAACUGUAUAGUUCCAGCAGUUUCAUGCUUCCACCCCAAACGUAACCGCAAGAAGAAAACAAACCCCCGCCACGGCGGACCCGAGUUCGUAGCGGAGCCUAUCGAUGUCCGGUCGAUGUCUUUUGUGGGGACCCACGAGUAUUUAGCACCGGAGAUUGUCUCCGGUGAAGGCCACGGCAGUCCUGUGGAUUGGUGGACGUUAGGGAUAUUUAUGUUUGAAUUAUUUUAUGGGGUUACAGCUUUUAGAGGUGUGGACCAUGAGUUAACCCUGGCUAACAUUGUGGCUCGAGCAUUAGAGUUUCCUAAAGAACCGGUAAUACCGGUUCAGGCUAAGGAUCUUAUUUCACAGCUGUUGGUUAAAGAUCCGGCUAGAAGAUUGGGUUCAACCAUGGGUGCUUCUGCAAUUAAGCAUCAUCCAUUUUUUCAAGGGGUAAAUUGGGCAUUAUUGAGAUGUACACGUCCGCCUUAUGUUCCUCCACCGUUCGUAAAAGAAGCUGUAUCGGAUGAGAGCUGUUCUGAUACACCUGUGGAAUAUUAUUAGUGAAAGUUUUUUAAUUGAAAGAAGAUUUACACGUACGGUGUGAUCUAUAGUAGUAUAUUCCUGUCUAGUUGCCUGCUAAUAUUUGCUAAAUAUAGGUAAUAAUUAGGGAAAUUUUCUCUAGCGGUCUCUGAAUUUUCUUUCUUUCAGUGGGGUAUCUAAAUUUCAAUUCAUAACUAAAUGAAUCUCUAUUUCUAUCAAA